GCCGAGGCCCGCCCCGCCGCCCGCGGAGCCGGCCGGCCUCCGGAGGGCAGGGAGGGGGGCGGGACGGAACGCGGGCGUCCCUCCUCCUGGCGAGCCUUCAAGGCGACGGAGUGACGGCCGUACUGGGCCCGCGGGAGCGCCGGGAUGGGUCUGUUCUCUGAGCUGAAGCUGGCUGUACCCUGGGGCCACAUUGCCGCCAAAGUCUGGGGCUCCCAGCAAGGCCUCCCAGUUCUCUGCCUGCACGGAUGGCUGGACAAUGCCAACUCCUUCGACAGACUCAUCCCUCUUCUCCCAAAGGACUUCCAGUAUGUUGCCAUGGAUUUUGGGGGUCAUGGGCUCUCGUCCCAUUACAGCCCAGGUUUCCCAUAUUACCAGCAAAACUUUGUGAGUGAGAUCCGAAGAGUCACAGCAGCCUUGAAAUGGAAUCGCUUUUCCCUCAUGGGCCACAGUUUUGGGUGGGGAGAGCAGGAGGCCGGGGACGUCAGCGGGGAAGGAAGAGCCUCCUCACACCACCAGUGUCAUUGGCUGGUGCCAGUUUGUGGAUGCACGGCAGUGGCGGCAUCGGCACGGGAGUUUUCCUGUCUCUUCCCUGAAAUGGUGGAUAAACUUAUCCUGCUGGACUCAUCCCCACUAACCCUGGACACUAAAGCUCCUGAAGAACAAUCAUCACGUGGGCGAGGAGUGUGGGAAACUCCUCCUGCAGAGAGGAGCCACGCAGGAGGCCGCAGGCCUGGUGCUGAACAGGGACCGGAGGAUCACCUGGCCGCAGCACUGCCUGGAGUUCAUCAGCAGGGAGCUGUUUGUGCACGCCAUCAGGAAGCUGCAGGCCCGCGUCCUGCUCAUCAACACCUAGCCAGGAGCAAGCCUACCACCUCAGGGUGCAAAGCAGUGAAAACUCUUUCAUGUGGCUUAAAGGCCACUCUCCAUUCCACUGAGCCAUCCUGGGCCAUCACAUGUCCGAGGCAGGAACUGUGUCUUCUAGGGACACAUCUCCGUGGCCAAGCGCAGGGGUGGAGAAAGCACGGACCCAGAUGCAAAUCCAAACCACAGUGAGCUACACCCCACACCUGCUAGGACGGCUGGACUCUAAAAGUGAGACACCAAGCAUUAGCCAGGAUGUGGAAGAGCUGGGGCCUCACACACUGCUGUGGGGCUGGAACAGGGCGGCCACUGUGCAAGAGUCUGUUAGCUCCUCAAGCCAUUAAAUUACCAUGACCAUAUGACCAACAGUUCCACUCCUGGUAUAUACCCAGCGUGGCCACUGUGGCUCACAGCAACAUCAGUCAUCACAGCCCAAAGGUGGAGACGACCCACAUGUCCAUUGAUGAUAAGUAAGAUAUGGUUGGGCACACAAUAGGUUACUUUUCAGCCAUAAAAAGGAAUGAAGCUCUUACUCAGGCUAUAAUAGGGAUGAAGCUUGAAAACAUCUUUUCAGUGAAAAACAGCCAGUCCCCAUUUGACAAAAUUCAAAAUCCAUUCAUUAUAAAAAACUCUCAACAAAAUGGGUAUCGAGGGCAAGUAUCUCAACAUAAUAAAGGCCAUAUAUGACAAACCCACAGCCAACAUUAUACUUAACAGCGAGAAGCUGAAAACUUUUCCUUUAAGAUCAGGAACAAGACAAGGAUGCCCACUCUCCCCAGUUUUAUUCAACAUAGUACUGGAGGUCCUAGCCACGGCAAUCAGACAACACAAAGAAAUAAAAGGCAUCCAGAUUGGCAAGGAAGAAGUUAAACUGUCUUUGUUUGCAGAUGACAUCAUGAUAUUGUACAUAAAAAACCCUAAAGAAUCCACUCCCAAACUACUAGAUCUAAUAUCUGAAUUCAGCAAAGUUGCGGGAUACAAAAUCAAUACCCAGAAAUCUGUUACAUUCCUAUUCACAAACGAUGAACUAGCAGAGAGAUAGAUCAGGAAAGCAAUUCCAUUCACAAUUGCAUCAAAAAGAAUAAAAUACCUAGGAAUAAACCUAACCAAGGAUCUGAAAGACCUAUACUCUGAAAACUACAAGACACUCAUGAGAGAAAUUAAAGAAGAUACCAAUGAAUGGAAACAUCCCGUGCUCAUGGCUAGGAAGAAUUAAUAUUGUCAAAAUGGCCAUCCUACCUAAAGCAAUCUAUAGAUUCAAUGCAAUUCCUAUCAAAAUACCAAAAGCAUUCUUCAACAAACUAGAGAAAAGAGUUCUAAAAUUCAUAUGGAACCAUAAAAGACCC